AUGGGUCUUCCAGUAUGGCGCGAUCCCGAGGAAACACGCAGCAGCACCGGCAGUCCAGCGGCCAUCUCUCGAGUUAAGAACGACAGCACCGCCACAUCUCGCUCGCCCAUUCGCCGCCUUCGUGCAUCUCGUCCAACUAGCUUUCACCGCGUAGGCCAACCACCACCUGUGCCCGAAGCUCCUCGCCGUGUCCUCUCCAGCGACCGUCACUUUGAUUUGGCAUACUACCUCGACGAUGACAGCUCGUCACAGCAACAAUCAGACUCAGGUCGACGACGUUCGCGACCGAACAGCUUCCUGCCUCCACCUCUCGAACGAGACCGUCCACAAUCACGCAACGGCGUUUCUUCGAGCCUUCCAUCUCCUCCUCUCGACGCUUCAGAGCCUCUCGCUUCGUCUCGUAUCGUCCUUCUGCGCACGUCACAGUCAUCACCACAUCCCCUGAGCUUCGCCCAUCGUCCUGUCUCUCCCGAAGAUGGCCUAGGUGACCGCAAUCGCAGUCCUUCUCCCAUUGUUGAUGCCUGGCAUGUAAUCGGCUCGACCAUCACUCCCGACGACUCGCUACCCUCCGCCGAUUCUAGCUUCGCUUCGAAUGGGGCUUCGACUUCGUUCACCCGCACGGAUGCUCAGGCCGACGCUCUAGCUGAUGCGUUGGCGGAAGACUCUAGCUCUACAGUCAAUGAGUCUCAUAGUUACGAUCGUCGUGCUGUCGAAGCUCUUUUGUACGAUUUCGCCAUGCAGACUGCCGAGGGUCGAGCUCAGAUCCAGCUGCUCCGCCGCAUGUCGCCUGAAGAUGCGCGUUGGAUGCGUCACCACAGCAGUGCCAGUCAAGAGAAUGGAGACAACGAAGACGAUAACGGGGACGAAGCACCUCGCCAACGUCCCUCCCAAUUCGACUCGGAUAUUCGUGAACGCUCUCGCCAGGUCGCCGCUUCAACAAUGCGUUACUUUGGCAACACAUACGACGGAUCUAGCGCUGGCCACCAGAUCGGACAUUUACGUAGAGUAGAGACGCCUCUUAUUUCACGUUCGACCUCGCCUAGUGGCUCGAGGUUGCUCUCCAACCCAGCUGCAAGACGGACUGAGACAUUCCUUGCUCGCAGGCUACGUGAUGCGGAACAGCCCACUCGUAAUGAAAGGCUAUAG